UCAUGGCGUCAAUGCAGAAACGACUACAAAAAGAACUGUUGGCUUUGCAAAAUGACCCACCUCCUGGGAUGACUUUAAAUGAAAAGAGCGUUCAAAAUUCAAUUACACAGUGGCUUGUAGACAUGGAAGGUGCACCAGGUACCUUAUAUGAAGGGGAAAAAUUUCAACUUCUAUUUAAGUUAAGUAGUCAAUAUCCUUUUGACCCUCCUCAGGUCAUGUUUACUGGUGAAAAUAUUCCUGCUCAUCCUCAUGUUUAUAGCAAUGGUCAUAUCUGUUUAUCCAUUCCAACAGAAGACUGGUCCCCAGCGCUCUCAGUCCAGUCAGUUUGUCUUAGCAUUAUUAGCAUGCUUUCCAGCUGCAAAGAAAAGAAACGGCCACCAGAUAAUUCUUUUUAUGUGUGAACAAGUAACAAGAAUCCAAAGAAAACAAAAUGGUGGCAUCAUGAUGAUACUUGUUGAUGCCACUGUUAUCAUUCUCCUAGCAGAAGAUAGUCCUACUGAGAAAAUGAGCACUUUGAUCAUUCAGUCUUUGAACUUUAACCUUUGACUGGAAGUGACCUAUAGGCAAUGAAGACUACUUCCUUUUACUGCAUUUUUACUCGUGUGCAUCCUGGGUGCACGUUUAUCGCUGGUUCCAUCCAGGCAACUGACAUGCUUUUAUUAGUCAUACAGUAUUAAUGCAGGUGUCAGGAAAUGUCAAAUAUAAUUCCAUUUUUAAUAUUUAUUUUUUUAAGCUUUAGGAAAAGUUCCAGGUCCUCACGUAUUGUGCAAUAACAAUGACUUCCUUGGCAGUUUUGGGACGUUCAUUGCCGGCAAUGGAUGUUGUAACAGGAUAAGUUUUCAUUAACUCCUGCCACUCAAUGAUUCAUGCAUGAUAGGGCCUAUGAAAUGAAUUUAUCGGUUAUAGUGGGAUUAUAAAUAAAGUGAGGGAUCCAACAUUACUUUGAAAGUCACCCCAGCUGUUUAUAUUUGGAUUCUAUGCACUG